AAAGGACCCCCCACCAAGGGCAAAUCUUCAAAAAAGUGUGGAAAACUUAGCCCCUCCUCCUCUAAACUAGGGAUGCAUCAAGGACCCCAGUGAGAUCAUUUUACUGCAUUUACGUUUUUUACGUCAAAAUGACAUCAAGUCAAAUGAACUCAUCUCCAAAAUCCAGUUAUCAAUCAGGUUAUCAGCCUGGAACUUUUAAACCUAAAAAAUCUAAAUAUGGUGGAAACAAGGCCAAUCAAAACGGAAUUAAGAUAAUUAGUGAUCGUGUAGUGCAAUAUAACAGUGAUGAGAAAAGAUCAAUUGAAAAAAUAGUGAAAAAAGUGAAACUCCAACGACGUGAAAUUUCCAAGACAGCCCCUGUCAUAAAUAUUGACUUUGACCUCCAAACGGUUGAAAAGAUGAAGAAAAAAAACUCAACCAGACGAUUGGGCCAUAAAUCAGCCGGUAGCACUCAAAGUGGCUCUAAAAUCCUGAAAGUCAAUAAUAAAAAAACAAGUGAAAUCAUGCAAGCUCGCGAAAAACGUUUAAAACUCGCGGAAAAAAAGAAGGCCGACUUUAUCGCUCGCGAAAAACGUCGCGAACUAGCUAAGGAAAAACAAAGACAAUUUAGAGCUCGCGAAUCAGAAAAAAAUCGAUCCAAGGACAACACAUCGAAGGAUAUCAUCCCUGAGCCCAUGAUGGAAUUGGAUUCAUCGAUCGAGAUCAUUCCCAGCACUCCAUCAGUCAUCAAUUUAAUCCUGGAACGCGAGGGUGAAGAUGCUCAGCUUGGACCAUUGAAUUUCGCGACCUCAACCCCGAAAAAACCGCGAAAAACUAUCGAGGAAAUCGAGGCCGUUCUAGUUGCGUUGAGCGCGAAUCUAGAACAAAGGAAUCGCGAGGACGAUUACGAAGGGCGAUGGGCUCCAACGCAGCGCCAAAAAGAGCUUGAUCAAAUUGCGAUGCAAUUGGAUCAAAGCGGGGAUGAUGAUGUUGAAGGAUUGGUCAUCCAGAGUCUUGAUUUCACCCCGUUAUCACCCAGUAACCGUUCGGCUUAA